AUGGCGGAGGAUGGUGAUUUCCAGCCUCUGGGUGCUAACAACACUCCUCAAUCCGAGGCCAGCGACAAAUCAAAAUCCAGAGCGCAUUCAGCAGUCUCCAAGGAGUCCAGCACAAGUCCAGGACCCGUGAAUUGUAAUGAACCAAGCCACGGAGUUAGGAGGGAGUUGAUCCGGGAUAUUGUGGAUUUGAUGUGGGAAUACUUGGAGGAGGCUGAAAUAAAACUCCUCAGGGGUACUUUCGAUCAACAGCAGAAUUUGCCUUGGAGUCCCGAGAAACUUUCCGUCGCAGGAGACGGUCCCGGAAUUCCUAGGCCACGGUCUGUCCCUAAAAGUUCAAGCGAACCCUUAAGAUCCAUGGCCGAUGAGAAGAUUGACAACAAUGAUGCGGAUGUCAACUGGGCAGAGGGCGAUAUCGAUACGCCGGAGUAUCGUGCUGGGUUCAAUGCUCUACGUCAGCGUCAAGUGAUGGCAUAUGAAAGCUCUUCCCGUCAGUUCCCUAUCGUUGAGAAUGGCGAGCUCACUCUCACAUCACACCAUAACGAGGCGAUCUAUACACCUUCUCCUUUCCCAUUGAGCCACUGGAAUCCUGAAUUGGCAGUGAGGGAGAAUCGGUGGUUUGAAUUGAGAGUUUCCUCAUCCACUAUCCCUCGCAAGGAUGCCAGGGAACAGUUCCAGCGCUGGUGGCACCAACUGCCGCCGGUCUUUCAAACAGUGGACAUCUGUCAUACUGCAUUCUUCGACGGAACUGCGAUUCCUGAUGGAGAAUCUUCAAUGAUUUUACCAAACUGGAAGCACCAUUCAGCCCCAAGGACUUGUGAGGAUUAA